AUGGCGCACGUGACCUCGGACGAGGUGGUUCAAUUUUCAAUGGAAGAAGUCCAAUCGACGAAGUAUCGUGUUUCUCACUCAUUGCUUGGUCGGGUCUUCACUACUAAUAGGAUCUCUACUACGGAGUUGAGGGAAGCGGUGCUCACGUCUUGGCUCAAACAAGGGUGUCUCAAGGUUGUCUUGGCAAAGCAUGGAUUGGUCGAGCUCAUGCUCCCUAGCGAAGAGGCUAGGAUCUGGGUGCUUAAACGCACCCCAUGGGUUAUUAAUGAUCAAAUCCUCCAUCUUCGUCCAUGGACACCAGAGAUCACCAAACAAAUUUUUUGA